CGGAAGCUGCUACAGAAUCGCCUUCAUUGUGCACACAGCAGUCUAGCUGUCUAGCUCCGCGUGUUGCUAACAAUGGCGUCAUCUGAUCCUGCCGAGCGUUGGUUCAUAGACAAAGAACCAACGCUCGGCAGCAUCCAUGCUCGGCAGUACUCGAUUACUGCCGAGCAUGGAUGCUGCCGAGGCAAGCACUUCUAAAGCUGUUCAAGGCAAGAGGAAGAUUUAUCUUGAGCCGGAUGUGCGCUGUCAUCCGCCAAGAACAACUAAAUGGCGUGCAAAAGCAUUUUUGCAACCAGAGGACUCUGCCGAACUUGCCGACAGCGGGUCCGCUUCUCAAGCACCCGCCGAAGCCGACGGGCUAGCUCAGACUUCAAGCGAGAGAACGGGCUGCUUGCACGUGUCCAGUGUCCCUCAAGACGAAUACCAAGGCCCCAACAGUGACGGCAAUGACAGCUUCGAUCUGGAUGAAGAUAAAACCUCCUCUGACGACGCUGACAUGUGCAAUGAUGAAGUGCCAGAAGAUGACUGGAACACACUGUCCCAAACAACUCUGCCCAAUUCUGUGCUCACUGUUGCUGAAGCACUGUUGAGCAUCCUAACCUACAGUGUGUCUGCUGGUCUCAACUGGAAUCAACUGGAAGACCUUGUUAAACUGGUGAACUUUUUGCUUGGAGACAAAGUUAUUCCAUGUUCACGACACAUUCUUCGAAAAAUGUGGGCAAGUUCAAGCUCUGUGCAACAUCAUUUCUUUUGUUCCGCAUGUAAAUCCUAUGCUGGGGAGCCAGCUGUCCUAGACAUCACUUGCAGCAAUUGUGGCGAAAAUGUCUGCGUGUCAAACUUCAAGAAGAGCAACUUCUUUUCUACACUUAAUGUAAAGAAACAGCUGGAGGACCUUCUUCGGAGCGAAUCAAUAGCAAAGGCAUUAUUCGAUCAACUGAGUAGUCGUGGAGAUGCAUCAUGUAUGAAAGACAUCACCGACGGAGCGUUACUGAAGAAAUGCCGAAAGCACUGGGAGUGGACGGACAUCACAAUCACAGUUAACACGGAUGGUGCAAGAGUGUUCAACUCUUCAAAAGACAGCCUGUGGCCAAUCCAGUUUGUGGUUAACGAACUUCCAAUAUUUCUGAGGUGGAGCAAUGUGCUUUUGGGUGGACUUUGGUUUGGCCGUGGCCACCCAGACAUGCAGGUUUUCUUUGGAACCUUUGUUAAAGAACUGAAGGAAAUGGGCCCUGUUGUCUGGAGGUGUGGCUCUCAUGUCCUGAAAUCUGUGGUGCGUGUGGUAUGCGUCUGUGUUGAUGCCCCUGCUCGUGCCCUCAUUCUUCAAAUGAAACAAUUCAAUGGACAUUAUGGUUGUAGCUUCUGCUUGGAGCGAGGAACGUUUCUUGAUGGUGCCCUUCGCUAUGUGUUGCCUGGAAAUAGCGCACAGGAAGCUGCUGCUGAAAGGACCACUGCCGGAAUGAAGCAAGAUGCGAAGCGAGCAAGGCGCUGUGGUGCUCCAGUCAAUGGAGUGAAAGGUUCAACAGUGCUUUCAAGGCUUGAUGCCUAUGAUGUUGUUUGGGGAACUUGUCCAGAUUAUAUGCAUGUUGUUCUUGAAGGCGUAACAAAACAAUUUUGUGCUUUGUGGCUACAAUCUGCUGGGUGUGAAUACUACAUUGGCUCAAGACAAACAAUGGAACUUCUAAACUCACGAAUUUUGGCCAUCAAGCCACCAAAUUGGUUUACCCGCUUGCCUCGCAAAUUAUCAGACUACACAAUUUGGAAAGCAAGUGAAUGGAAGUGGUGGCUGUUGCAUUAUUCUCUCCCAUGUCUCAGUGGUAUUUUGCCCACGAAGUAUCUCAAACACUUCAGCUUACUUGUGCAAGGAAUUUACAUUCUUCUAAAAGACGAAUUAAGCGACAGUGACAUCGUAACUUCAUCUGAUGCUCUCUCAGAGUUUGUGGCGCACACGCAGACAUUAUAUGGAACUUCUGCUAUGACAUUCAAUGUGCAUCAGCUCCUCCAUUUGCCAAAAAGUGUUGCUAAACUUGGUCCACUUUGGUCUCAUUCUUCGUUUGUAUUUGAAAAUGGGAAUGGCAUUCUUGUUAAGCUUGUCGCCGGGGCCUGUGGAGUUCCCCUCCAAAUUUUGGAGCGCUACGUACUGCUAAGAAAACUGAAAACUCUCCCCUACAUCUUGCACCUUUCACCACAGUCGCAGAGCUACUUCACUUUGCAAAAAUCAAGCAGUAGCAGUGAAACAGUGUUGCUGGGAAUUGGCAGACCUUGCACUGGUGCCGACUACCACUAUGUCGUCGAGAGACUUGACUGUCAACCAGAAACACUUGUUGAAUAUUAUAGAGCGCUCAUCGGUGGACAAGCAGUUCACUCUGUGCAAUACAAAAGGCCUCAAAGGAGUUUUAAUUCUACCUUUGUUAGUACAUCUGGCAAAUUUUUUUUAAUUAACAGGAUAUUUGACACAGGCAGUUCUAAUGCUAUCCUCGAAUGCCAAGAAUUAAUCCCUACUCGAGACUUUUUUGCCUCUCACAUUUCAGUUUGUACGAAAAGCAGCGAACCUCUUGUCCUUGUUUAUCCAAGUGAUUUUUACCGUUUGUGUGUGUUCAUGGAGAUAAAGGGCACAAUUUUUGUGUCCACAAUUCCGAAUCUUUAUGAGAAAGACUAGUAGCCAAUUGAGGCCAUAAUAAUUGCUAUACAGCCUGUGUUCUUAAAGAUCCAAGACUUUCAUUUGUGUUUGAAGUGCUGUUACAUGAUGGGCUUAUGGUAGUCAUUGAAGAAUGAACACUAGUCAUUGAAUUUGUUAGAAUGUUGCUGCCUAAACAGGCUUUACAAAAGUUUUAAGUCAACCAGCCUCGUCAGAAUUUUGAGCUUAUUGCUUUUACGCACUGCUGGUUCGAUCAUUUCAGCGGGAUAAAAAUUUGUCUUUUCUUGAUUUCAUUGCGUCACCUUCUUUGGUUAAAAAAAUUGAGUGAUUUGUUUGAUGACGUCAUAGCCUUGAAAGUAACAGUAAGUGAGGCCAGCAAGCUUAAAGGCCAAGAGCAACAAACGUUUGAGCUACACAGAAAGCAUUAUUUCGGAUAGUGCAG